CUAAUUUAACCAGCUUCAACGGAGAGACUUCAGGAGUAGGGCAGCGGCACGCAUUAGGGAUUCGUUAACUUCACCUAACUAAUUUUUAUUUCAAUGGUAUUUAUUACUUAAUUUUCUGGACUUACACAACCGCAGAAAUGACUCUACCGUACUCCCAAAGCGUAAGGACAAUGAAGACAAUGACCAUGACGGAACCGAGCACACAGACUGUCUUGACAUCCACUCCUGUCGGGAUGAACGAAGGUUCGACGACUUACCGAACGGUAAAACUCGGGGGAGCUCAGCUACAGCCGGUCCAGUACUAUAACAGCCAAGUGGGGACUGGAGCUCAGCUACAGCCGGUCCAGUACUUUAACAGCCAAGUGGAGACUGGAGCUCAGCUACAGCCGGUCCAGUACAUUAACAGCCAAGUGGAGACGGGAGCUCAGCUACAGCCUGUCCAGUACUUUAACAGCCAAGUUGAGACGGGAGCUCAGCUACAGCAGGUCCAGUACAUUAACAGCCAAGUGGACGGCAACGUGAUGUACGGGGGUGCGCGUUACCUGAUGCCCGUGCAACAGCAGCGGCGGCCCGCGGAGUCAGUCAUGUACCUGAGACAGGCGCCGCGCGUCAUGCAACCUGUGUACUUCCAGAACGUUCAGAACGUUCAGCGCGUGAGCAGCGUCAGCAGCGUCGACGAAACUGAUGUCUACAGACAAGAAGACAUAAAUGGACAAUCAUCUGUCUCUAGCCAGUUAUCCAGUCCAGUCAAGAGCCCUGCACCAUCUGAGUCGGAGUUUGUGGAGACUUCAAGUAUUCGAGAGGAAGUUGUGGACCAGAGAGAAAUAAAGAAUGGCCAUUUUGAGAUUAAGACCGAGGUUAUCGAUGUGGAACCGGUCGCCAAGAUGGACAACCGCUUCUUUGGUGAGCUUCUUGCUGAGGUUUACCGCAAGAACUCAGAUAUUCACACCUGCAUCUCCGAGCAUGUGGCCAAGAUCCGCGGAAGGAAACACCUCCUGGACCCCACCGUUGACUACAAGGUGGAAAAAGAAGAAAUAGAGAGUGUCAUUCCUAAAGGCGUGUCUGAACUGACUAAGCAGCAAAUCCGCUACCUGCUGCAGACCCGUAUGACGGCUGAUAAAACCAUGCGUCUGUUGAUGGCCACAUUCAGCAGUCUGCGAGAGGAGCUAGUGCAUAUGCAGGACGAUCUCAGGCGUCUGGAGAGUGAGAAGGAGGAGCUGGAGAGAGAUCUGAGCUUCAAGGCAGAUCAGGCUCAGCAAUAUGACAGACUGAUGGAGACCGUACGGGAGCACAACAGACAACUGCAGGCUACUGUGAAGGAAAGUAAUAAUGCUCAGCGUACUCUAGAAAGUCAGUUACUGACCUUGCAGAGCAAAGACCCCAGCAAAGACUUCCGUAUUAAAGAACUGGAGGGCAGCCAGAAGGCCCUGGAGCAGGAGAACGAUCUGCUCAAGAAGAAGUUGGCAGGGCAGUGCAGUAGUUCCACUGUCCAAAUCAAAACACAGGAGCUGUCCAGAGAGUAUGAACAGAUGCUGAGAGAUCUACGAGAGGAGAAGGAAAGAGAACUCAAGAAUCUGCGGACUCAGCUUAUAAAGAUCCAGACCGAGCGCACCACUACACAGACCUCUGACAGCGGGUUGGAGAUACGUAUCUCUGAGCUUCUGUCUAAACUAGAACAACGUGAAACUCUCAUCAGACGCCAGGAGGAGGAAAUCAGGCGACUCAAACAGCAGAAGAUCGACGACUCCAGCAGUACAACGAGGACUGUGGUUACCAAGAGAUACAUGAACCAGUACCCUCUUUUGGGUCUUCUGAGUGACGACUACCAGUAUACCGCACCCAUUAAAGAGGACAGAACUGUCGUCAUCGAGAGUACGGGGGUCACCUCGCGAGUCAUCUAGAUUGAAUGAACAGGAAGAAAUUCAAGAGGCCUCCCUGUUUUCCCCAUCCAAAUCUCAUUCCCCUCCUCUCUCCCUACAUGCUGCCUUUUUUCCAGUGGCUCCUAUUGGUGAUGGUUGCGCUGACUUUUUAGAUUGUAUGCUUUGGAAUUGGAUAAUGCCGUAUGAUGUAAGAACUAAAACAGCUGACACAAAGUCUUUCAGAAGUAUCUUGUUUAUUACAAUACCGUGUGACUACUGAUAGUUAUUUUUAUAUUGUUGAGUCGUCUUUUCAUAUGAUGCACCACAACCUUUAGUAAUCUCUAGUCAAUACUAUUGUAAGCAUGUAAAUAUUUGUCGAAAAAUGAUUUGCAAUUAUCAUUUACCUUGACUGGAAUAAAAGUUGAGCAUUGUCUGUAAUGUAAAAGGUGAUUUGCUGGUUUUGUUGAUUUUCUUAUUCAUUUGGGUGUAUUAAUUAUGCCAGUUUAUUUUCUUUUUUUUAUUGUUAUGUCACAGAGGUGAUGCUUUAUGUAGAAAAUUAUACAUAUAUGUCAUAGUGUUCGACCGAUGCAUGUUUUCAAUGGCCCAUGCAGAUAUCUGGAGAACAGGAAUGACCCACUAUACAGAAAUAUAAAAGUCUGACCAAGGAUGCUAUUAUUUUAUCAAACAUUAAAAACAGAAAAAUUGUGAAAUAUUUUUUUGGAAUUUUGGAAUUUUUUACUGUCACUUUUGAUCAAUUUAAUGCAUCUUUCUUAAACUAUUCAUUUAAAAUAAUAAUAAUAAUAAUAAUAAUGAAAAAAAAAAAAAGAUCCCAAACUUUGGAACAGUUGUGUAUAUGGAAACCAUAGAAAAGGCAAACACAAAAAUAAGGAAUAUUUUAAAACAGAAAAUAACAGUAUCUAAAGCUGUCAGAUAUUGUAACUGACACAAGGAGGCGCCAACACAAUAUUCAGCCAAUGCCAAAUAUCUGCUUACUUAUUAGCCUGGCAGAUGCUUCGGGAGACCACUGAUUUUUAAUUUUAGCUGGUGAGGGGUUUUACUGUUUAAAAGUGGUUAAUAGAACAUGGGCUAAAAGUUAUUUCUGUAAGCUAUCUAAAUUCUCACCGUUAUACUGUAUGGAAAGUUAAAUCUGUCAAAUGGUCAGUUUUGUCCUAUAUCUAAACAUUGGUUAUUAUUAUUAUUAUUAUUAUAUAAAAUUUACAAACAUAAUAGUAAUUUUUUUUUUUUUUCUUUUUUUUCCCUUUAUCAUUCUUCAUAAGACUUACACUUGAAGGGAAAUGGCUAUGUAUGUAUUGAGUGUGGAGUUUUCUAGGUUUACUUUAUUACAGUGCCAUUGUUAGUGGCAUGCAAGACUGUGACUUGAGAGUGGCAAAGAACGAAUGGUUUGUGACGUCAUCAAGUGGUAGAUUGUAGCAUUACAGGUAACUUGGAUAUGUAGACAUUUUUUUCAAUAUCUUGAUGUGACUAAAGAUAUUCUUCUCUUAGAACAGUAAAAUAAUGCUGAGUUCAAAAAAAAAAAAAAAAAAAUGUUUAAUGUGAUAUCCUGACUAAAUGCAUCUUAUCUACUGAAAUGUGUUGGAGUGCCCUUUAAAUUCUUCGACUUUACAGUGCGUUACAUCUGCAGCAUUUAUCUCUUUUGUGGGUGUAACUUUACAUAUUGUAACUGUUUGUGCUUGAAAUAAAGAUUUUUGUCCUCUUGA